AGAGAAGUUAUGAAGGGGGUGUUACAGUGCAGAGAAAAUCAGAAGCUAAGGGAACAAACAAGCCAGACUCAGAAGGACAGAGACAGAAGAACUUCAGUUCAGUGUUUAGAGAUUUACAGAAGCUCCAGGACCAUAACCAAGAACCAGACUCAAAGACCUGUGCGGCGCCAACUCUGCUGACUGAGCCGAGCACCACCACAGAGAGUAAAUCCGAAGCGCAGCGGAUUCAGUGGAGGAAAAAGGCCAUAUAUUUGCUACUGACACUGAGAACUACCUGAUUACAGAGCCAAAGAAAUCAACAGAAAGACGAAGAAAAAGAGAAGAGGAAUUCUUAAAUUCAGCUUUCAGCUGUAAAGCCAUGGAGAAUACACGGCUGCUGAGAGCUGUGCUGGUUCUGGCCGUCUGCUUUACGAUACAUAGCACAUCAGGAGAAGCUGUCAGAAUGUUUCCAGCGUCUAACAAAACAACUUCUGAAAUUUCUGAAGGUUCCAGGAAUGAGAGUGUUGAAAUGGGCAACAACAUAACUUUACUCUGUACCAAUAAAAAGGUAGCAUGGAAUAAGAUGCUUUAUGUAAUCUGGAAAAUCUACUCACAAGAGAAGAACUGUUAUAUCUCUGUGUCCACAAGCGACCCUGCCUUUAACAACUGUACGGAUGGAAAGCAGAUAAUCAAUGAAAGUACAAGUGGAAACUACAGCUUGUUCAUCCCUCAGUUUUCAAGCAAAGAUGAAGGCCGUUACAUCUGUGACAUGUCUUACCAAGCUGGGGGCUUUAUAGAAACAAUUAAUGUGUCUACAUGUGACCGUCUGACUCUGACUGGCUGGCUGGAAAAGGAUAAGGAUGGUCACACUUUUGCCGUCUGUAGAGCUCAGGGUAAACCAGCAGCUUCCAUUUACUGGAAAACCCCGUGGAACGUCUCCUCACCCAGAACAAACUCAUCUAUAAAUUUUACAGUGACGAGCCGUUUACAGCUGCCUCAUAAGGCAUCUCCCAUUGAAUUGACCUGCGUAGUCCCCUCCAGCUCCUGCAACAAGGAAGAGAUUCAAUUCAACACCUUCCAGGAUCGACAAACACCAGAUUUCUCUAUUGCAUGGCCUUUCAUUCUUCUGGGUGUCUGUGUGACAUGCAUCACCGUUACUUUUCUGACCGCUCUCUACAUCAUGCGAGAAAAAAUUGGACAGUUAAGUGUAUUCAGAAAGCUUUGCUGCACACCUCAAAUCCCAACACCUGCAAGAGAAGAAAAAACACCACAGCCUCGUGAUCCUGAAGAAGUGGAGCCCUACGCCAGCUACGUGCAGAGGGUCAACUCCAUCUACAACUCAUCUGCUGAACUUUUCAAUGCCUGAUCUGUACACUCUCUCUCUCACACACAAAUUACAGAGUCUUACACAAUCUGAUGAAACUGCAGAUUAUGAUUGAUGAUUAUACAGUGCAGAGUGGAGUAAGGUGUACAGAUAAAGAUGACGCAUGCAGCACUCACUGCUGCACACCUACUCUGUGGACAAAAAGUGUGUGUAAGUGUGUGUGUACACUAAUACGGCUGGAAACAAAAGACUAAUGAAACCCCUUCAAAAGAGCUUCCUCCAACAAACAGACGCUGAUGAGAGAAACGCAAACCAGAGUGAGUCAGUUCGAAAGGUAGAGUGGAAAGAGAAGGAUUUGCCUUCACUGCACAAUAUGAAGAAUCGUCCAGAGGGCUGGCUUAGACUCUAGAACUGAAGCGUGAAGAACCGUGCUACUACAAAGACAUCAAAACCACAAACCUGAACAGAACUGAGCCAGACCUGACGUUAAAGAGCUUGGAAAGACUCUAGGAGGUUACCUGCUGAUCAUAUUUGCACUUACUGCUCAGGAUAUAUAUAUAUAUAUAUAUAUAUAUAUAUAUAUAUAUUCAGUUAGCAAGGUGUGGACAGUUUUAAAAAAUAAAGAUGCUUUAAAUGGUUCUUUAAGCAAUGCCACGGGAAAAAAACAGCUCUUUUGGGGUUCUUUAUGGACCCAUAAAUGGUUCUUAUAUGGGAUCAAUAAUGAGUGUACAACUCUUACAUCACUCUGAUUAACAGUGAAACUGAUCCAAAUUCAAGUCUGAGCUCAAUGAGAUGUUUUUUUUUUUUUAUGAAGCAGACCAUCAUUGUACAUCUACUGUAAUCUUAUUUCGUCUAUAUAUGAUUGAUGUAUAUAUUUUUAAAAUACUGCAGAGGCAAAUCUAUUGCAUCAUAUCUUGCACAGAUACGAUAUUGUAUAUAAUAUAUUUUUUCUUGUAAUUA